AUGGCCGGGAUCGACCAUGAAGUGCGCAUUGCAGCUGACGAGACAGAUGACAGUCGCUCAGAGGUCGAGUCGUCAACCACCAGCGUGUCCAGCUCGCUCCUCGACUACCGCAUCGAGAAUGGAAGAACCUAUCAUAAAUACAAAGAUGGCAAAUACACCUGGCCGAACGAUGACAGAGAGGCCGAGAGACUUGAUAUGCAACAUGAACUUUAUGUCUACACGUUAGAUGGCAGGCUGGGUCUGGCCCCCCCAUGCGAUGAAGACGCCAAAGUCGGACGUGUCCUCGAUUUAGGUACGGGGACCGGCAUCUGGGCUAUUGACUUUGGAGACUUGCACCCAGAGUCUGAAGUACUUGGCAUGGAUCUCUCACACACUCAGCCGGGCAUCACCGUCCCAAACGUCACAUUCGAGAUCGAUGACCUUGAGGAGGAAUGGACUUACUCACGGCCGUUCGAUUAUAUCCAUAGUCGCGCGAUGACGUCGGCUGUGGCUGACUGGAAGGCACUAAUCACCAAAGCGUUCGACAACCUCAACCCGGGCGGCUGGCUUGAGCUCCAGGAAGGAGACGUCGGCCUCUUCUCCGAUGAUGACACUUUCCCAAAGGACUGCGCUUUCGCCAAGAUGGCAGAUCUGCUCAAGGAAGCUUGUGCGAAGCUGGGCCGUCCCUGGAUCGACCUUCCCUCUCUCAAGGACAUAAUGAUUGAGGUCGGCUUCGUCGAUGUUAAGCUCAGUUUCUACAAAUGGCCAAUUAACGACUGGCCAAAGGCGGAGCACUACAAAAACAUUGGCACAUGGGCCUACGACAACGUCAGCAGCGCGCUGGAGGCCAUGUGUAUGGCGCCCUUCACUCGCGGGCUUGACUGGACGCGCGACGAGCUCAAUAUCUUCCUUAUCGAUGUGCGCAAGGACAUGAAGAACAAGCAGUUCCAUGCGUACUACCCGAUCUACAUCAUCACUGGGCGCAAGCCUGAGAAGAAGGACGAAAAGACUCCCGCGGCCUAA